AUGGCUGGGACAGGGUCUGGGUACGACCUCUCCGUCUCCACUUUUUCUCCAGAUGGACGUGUUUUCCAGGUGGAGUACGCGGGGAAAGCGGUAGACAACAGCGGCCUGUGCAUGGCUGUUGUGUGCCAAGAUGGCAUUCUCUUUGCCGUGGAGAAGCCCAAGCCGUCUCCGCUUCUCCUCCCUACGUGUCUCCGAAGAAUCGCCGCUGUCACGGAAACUAUCGGAAUCGCUGUGGCGGGAUUGGCGGCAGACGGCCGGCAGAUUGUCACGCGAGCUCGCCAAGAGGCCGAAGAAUACAAGAAAACGUUCGGAGUAGAGAUCAGCGGCGGCGUUCUGGCCGAGCGCAUUGGUCUCUUUAUGCAUGCCUAUUCUCUCUACUGGAGUGUCCGACCUUUCGGCGCCUCCGUCCUCAUCGGCGCGGUCCAGCAAGAGCGAGGCGAACCUGGAGCGCCGCUCCAGUUUAAGGGCGAGCUGUACUGCGUCGACACGAGUGGGUGUUGCAGCAAGUACCGGGCGACUGCGCUCGGCAAGGGACGGCCGUCAGCCAAGACCGAACUGGAGAAGCUGGACCUGGAGACGCUGACGACGAAGGAGGCUCUGGAGGCUCUCACGAAGAUUUUCCUGGUUGUUGACGACGAGGGAAGCAAGGAAGGGAAAGUGGAGGUCGAAGUAGGUCUGAUCGGAAACGACAGCUGCGGGGUCUUCAAGAUGCUGCCGUCCGAAGAAGUCCGCGCGGCCGUCAAACGCGCGAGGGAAGCUCUCGACGAAAUGGACGAGGAUUAA